AUGCCUCCUCUCAAGAGGACCAAUUCAUGCACAGACAUUGGCUUCACACUAAGAAGGCAAUUCAACAAGGACGAUUUCAGGCCACAUCAGCGUGAAAUUAUCGAGGCCGCCCUUGAUGGCUACGAUGUUUACGUUCAAGCCGCCACGUCGUUUGGUAAAAGUUUAUGCUUUCAGCUCCCGGCAGUCAUUGACCAGGGUAUUACCAUCGUUGUGUCCCCUUUGCUAAGUCUGAUGAUCAACCAAGUAGAAGCCCUCAAAGCUUCCGGGAUAGACGCCAACUCUCUGAACAGCACCACCCCCUUUGAUGAGCGUCUCCGUAUCGAGCGUGAUCUUGAGACUGGACAUCCAAGGACUCGUCUCUUAUACGUUACACCCGAACUAUGCUCUGUCUCCCGUUUCCGCCAACGCCUGCAACUGGUGCAUGAACAAAAGGAGCUUGCUCGCAUAGCCAUCGAUGAAGCUCAUUGCAUCUCAGAGUGGGGCCAUGACUUUCGAAAAGACUUCAAGCGCCUUUCAUGGUUUCGAGAGACGUUCCCGGAUGUCCCCAUCAUGUGCCUCACUGCGACAGCGAAUCCACAGGUUCGGCGGGACGUGCUAUCCAUUCUGAAAUUGGAUCAGACCCCAGAGAGGACGAAGGAGUUUCUCAUGAACCCCCAACGACAAAAUCUGCAUCUGGAGAUUCGGUACACCAAGGAUGAGGAUGAGAACCGUCUCAAUGACUUUUUACGGUGGAUUCGAGGUGUCUACAGUCGUCGUCGUGCCGAUGAGCGAUUGGCCGAAUUGACACAAGUCAAUGAGAGGGUGGAGAGUGUGCCCGGCAUCAUCUAUACCAUAUCUCGAGAUGAAUGUGAAUCACUCGCAUCCAGCCUUCGAGAUGAGGGCAUUGGAGCCCGGCCCUUUCAUGCCAGACUCCCCAAGGAUGUUAAGGAGGAGACUCUCUCUCGCUGGAUCCGCAACGACCCUGGCUACGACAUCAUCGUUGCCACAACAGCUUUCGGCAUGGGUAUCGAUAAGAACAACGUGCGCUUUGUGGUUCAUUGGCGCAUUCCCAAGUCAUUUGAGGGCUAUUACCAAGAGGCCGGCCGUGCAGGCCGAGACGGUAACGCGAGCUAUUGCUUCUUAUACUACAGCCGAGAAGACCUGGAACGAGUGACGCGAAUGAUUCGAUCCGAUUCCAAAGAAGAGGCAAACCAGACGGCCAGGCUCAAGAGUCUCCAGUCUCUUGCCGAGUAUUGUGAGAGCACAGACAAAUGUCGACACGCCAUCAUAUGUAAGUACUUUGGCGAAACCGACACGCCCGACUGCGAUUUUGCCUGUGACUGGCACAAGGACCCUCAUGGACUCGAGAUGAGGUGCAUGAGAGGGCUAGCCAGCGAAGAGUUUGUGAGCACGCAAGCAAUGCAAGGCACAUAUGAUGGGUAUUAUGACGACUAA